AUUCAGUCUGGGCGCUGACUUUGGACCGGAUGCCAGGGCAUCUGCUUUGAGUUCGAUUCCAAGCCGCUGGGCGAGCGAUGUUCCUGAAACGGAAAUGCCGCAAGAGAAACGCCACCCGCCGGAGUCCCGGAGGCAGCGCGGCCUGCAGACACUGGUCAUCUUUCGGCGCAGCCUCAUCUACCAGACCAAGGAGUUCUUCCAGAACUCGACGCUCCACGGAGUGCGCUACAUCGCCGAGACGGGCCGGCCCAUCGGCGAGAAGUUCAUGUGGUUCUGCUUCACGUCGAUCGGCGCGGUCACCGCACUGGUCAUCAUCAUGAGCCUCUGGGAGAAGUUCCAGACCAAUCCGACCAUCACGGGCCUGGACACCGACUUCCACAACCAGAACGUGGUCUUUCCCACCACCGUCGUCUGCCCGGAGGCGGCCUUCGACCACGAAAAGACCUACGAGAAGGUGUACAACACCCUGGCCAACUACGACGAGGCCCAGGCCCAAAUGUACACCCCGUUCCUGCGCCUGCUGACCUCCCUGAACUUCGAGAGCAUCCGGGACGCCAAGGUGCUGUCCCAGCCGAUUCCGCAGAACCUGCUGGAUGCGAAAACCAUCCGGGAGUGGGCCUUCGAGGGGCACAUCAGCUGCGAGAACACCUUCGUGUCCUGCAAGUACCGCGACGAGGAGAUACCCUGCUGCGACCACUUCGAGCCCAUCUACACGGAGCACGGCUUCUGCUACGCCUUCAACAGCAGGUUCAAGUCCACGGCCACGGAGGACGUCAAGACAGGGGCACCUCACGACCUCUACGAAACGGACAAGAAGUGGGCGCUCUUCUUUGUGCCCAACAGCACCUCGAGUAUCUUCAUCUUCUCGAACGAGGAGUACUUCGGUUCGGACUUCAAUGCGCAGAUCGAUUGGUCGGAGCCGCAGCUGGUGGAGGUGAGGAUCUCCAAGAAGAACACCUACACCACGGACGACGCCCGCCAGCUGUCCAUUGGCCAGCGGAAGUGCAUCUUCAGCGACGAGGUGAAGCUGAACUACUUCCCGGACGCGUACACCUUCUCCUCCUGCAUGAAGCAGUGCCGCAUGAACAAGGCCAUCAAGCUCUGCAAGUGCAACCCGCCCUUCUACAAGCCCAUAGCCAACGUGCCCAUGUGCAUGGUCAAGGACUUCGAUUGCCUGGACGAAUUCAAGACGAACAUCACCAACAUCAAGGACUGUCUGCAGUGCGAGCUCAGCUGCUCGAAGACGGUCUUCAACAUAGACAAGCUCAUCAAAAUAGUGGACCGACCAGAAGCCGAGGGAGUGCUGGUGGAGUUCCUCACCUGGCCUAUCAUCCGCUACAAACGAGAGGUCCUCUUCGGCUGGGUGGACCUGCUGGUGUCCUUCGGCGGCAUCGCCAGUCUCUUUCUCGGCUUUUCGCUGCUCUCGGGUGUGGAGAUCAUCUACUACUUCACCCUGCGCGCCUGCUGUAUGGUCUACAAAAACCGGAAAGAGCUGUACGAGAUCGAGGAGCAAAUCCGUCUGGAACCACCCCCCAAAAUAGACUUGAAACUCACCUUGAAAUCGCACUCGAAGCCCAGAGUUGGGGAUUUGCCCUCUUCGGCGGUGCUGAAGGUGAAACCAGCGGAGGAAUCCACGGGUCAGCAGAAUCCCCUGGGCGGAUAUCCCAGAAAACACGAAAAGGACUAUGCGAACCGCACAAGGAACUAUUAUAAAACACCCAAGGUUCUACCCGACUAUGGAUAUGCCAGUCACGCAAGAAGUCCCUGGACAACCUACGAUCAUUCGCAGUACAUGCCCUAGCUCCUCGGAAAUGUAGCAAACUUUUCAAAUAAAUUAAAUCAAACUCUCCGCUUAAAAUGCCAUAUUUAAUUUAUCAAUCAACCAAGUGCAUUAACCAACGAGCAAAAGAUAUAUUAAUAUCCAAAAACCCUAAAAAAUAUUUCAAAUAUACGGCUUAAGAGGCA